UGUGAAGAUCCAUGAGGCUUAUGAGGCCCUUCUGCGUUGGCACAGGCCUGAUCGAUUCAGAUAGUUGCGCUUUGUUUUGCAUUACCUGGCUUGAAUAGUUACAAACGCACAAUCAGGGAUGAUUGCAAUGUUUCUAAAACAUUAUUUUUUAUUUUCAUGGUAAUAACAUAUAACCUAUAUAAUAACCUACUGUAUAUUUGCUCUUGCAUUUCACAGUUGUCUGAUUGGGUCAGAGCUGGUCUGCCACCUUGUGGCACUAUACUUGUAAUAUCACCAUAAACUAUUUCCUCACAACAAUUUUACUUAUGGUUUCAUGUGUGCCUGCUUGUUCCUAAACGCUAAACUAUCACUGCCCUGCACAUAUCGCAUAAUAUUAUAUUCAUAACAUGAAAACUAAAAUUUAUUUGUAAAUGAUGUACACUGUGUAAUAAAGGGGUUAGGGUUACUGUACUGAGAAAUGUAAAAUAACCUGCCUACUUUAUUCUCCACAAGCAUUUCCGGAGGAGGCUUUGAUCAUAAACGGUGAAUUUUCCAGUAAUAACUGUACUAUCUCUAGCAGGCUAACUGGCUAGCUCGUAGCCACUGUUUGCCAAUACAGAUAUUCACACGCAACAGUCUAAAUAGUUAAUGGUCUGUUGAGACUAUGAGUUAUGACAUAACGUUAUCAAUACGUUGUGCCACCUGGACUGGGAGCUGACAUGCAUCGAUGCAUUCGAUAAUCAUUGAAUCAAGAGAUCUGUUGUACAAUUGUCCGGUCUGUAUCCCAGCAUGGGCCCGGAAGUUGUUUGGGAUUCCCAGGUAAAAAAAAAAAAAAAAAAAAAAAAAAAAAAAAAAAAAAAAAAAAAAAUCCCGGAGAUGCUGUCGACGCCUGGGAAAACAAACAGCUAUCCAGACAAUUAAAAAGGAAAACACCGAUCGGUCGCCAGGUAAGGAAGAGGCUUGUGGACUUCACCGCGGCGCUCGGUAAGACCAUCCAUCGAUUUUAAUUUGGAAGUACGGCAUGUUUUUGAGUAGCUGAUAGGGUGAGUGCCAUUUGUCGUGUGGUCGGGUGCCAUAGCAACGGCACAUGAGAAGCACUGUAUAGCCCAGGCCAGCUUGACGUGCUCGAUGUUGGAUGACAGCUGCGUUUAUGCGGACAAUUCAGCAUCUGGUGAGAGAAUGAAUGCUGAAGAAUGCAAUGGACGCUCAUACGCACAAGGUAAUGGAGGAGAGUCAUCAACAGAACAGAAUUUUUAUGGUGGGCUGCAUGGCCCCGCAACGAGAUCUCCAAACAGUCAGCAGUCCUCACCACACCGCUCCUUUAGUGCAAACUCCAUCAAGGUUGAGCUGUGCAGUGAUGAUGAGUCACCUGGUGCUCCACAGUCGGAGAACAGAGAGGCUGUGAUGGAUGAUAAUAGGAGGGAAGACAAAGGGGAUCCCAUGGAUGAAGGAAGCGCAGAAUAUGCUGGAGCAGGAAGAGACAGAGCAAGCAUUUACAAUGAGAUUGCCAGUCCAAACGCUGCCUCACCAGGACCCAUCCGACUGCCCAAUGGGAAGCUGCAGUGUGAGGUUUGUGGCAUGAUCUGCAUUGGGCCCAAUGUGCUAAUGGUGCAUAAGCGUAGCCACACAGGAGAGAGGCCGUUCCAGUGUAACCAGUGUGGGGCUUCGUUCACCCAGAAGGGGAACUUGCUACGUCACAUCAAGUUGCAUUCAGGAGAGAAGCCUUUCAAAUGUCAAAUUUGCAACUAUGCUUGUCGCCGGAGAGAUGCCCUGGCUGGACAUCUACGCACACACACAGCUGUCUCUUCUCCAACGGUGGGAAAGCCUUUCAAGUGCAGCUCCUGUAGUCGCAGCUACAAACAACAAAGCACACUGGUGGAACAUCUAGAGCGCUGCCAUAGUUAUCUGAAGAGUCUGGACCACCAGACAGCAGUUAAUACACAGACAGCGCAGGGAGAAGAAUCAGUAAAUAUGGAGACGAUUACUAAACCUGUGCUCCAGCCAUCCAAUGACAGAAAUCAGUUUGUGGAUAGACUGGCUAUUAGCUUCACCAAACGCAAGAGGUCAACACCACAGAAGUUUUUGGGUGAAAAGCACAUGCACCUCGUCCUACCUGAAGCACCUUAUGAAUUGUCUUCUGGCUCUGAGAAAGAGGGGGAUCUCAUGAGCUCUCAGCCUGCUGGGGAUUCUGCAGCGUUGCCUGGUUCACAUCUCCAAGGCCCUAGGGGUAAAGGUGAGAACCACGAGUCACCUGCACUGUCUCAGCUCCAUCCUGCCUUCCUGUUGGAACACCCCACAGGUCUAUCAGGCUCUGUCAACAGCAGUGUGACACCUCAGGGCCCCCGAGCCCAUGGUGGCGGUGGGCUAGCAACGAUGUCUCUUGGCCUGGCUGGGCGGGAAGCAGGUGAGGGUCGCGAUGACCAACCCUCAGCCCAUAGCCACAGCACCUCAACCAACGGCUGCCCCGAUUCUACAGACACAGAGAGCACAGCAGAAGAGCAGAGCACAAGGGCUACAGCCCCGACAAGUACCUCUAACAACCACCACCUCCACUACCAAACCCCAGCACUGCCCCGCAGCCAUCCCACCUGCAACCCCAGCCAGGUCAAAGACUUGGACCCAGAGUGGGAGAGAGCAUGUCCGGUGCCCACCACCAUAUCAAAGAGGAGACCUGGCUCACCCCUUUCUUGGGAGACUGUACAGGUGUUAGACAGGGAUGGCAGGCCUGUGCGCUCCUAUUACUGCCAGCACUGCCGCAUCCUCUUUCUGGACCAUGUCAUGUUCACCAUCCACAUGGGUUGUCACGGCUUCCGCCAACCCUUCGAGUGCAACAUCUGUGGCCACCUCAGCCAGGACCGCUACGAGUUCUCAUCUCACAUCAGCCGUGGAGAGCACCAGGUAGGCUGAGGAGAGGGGCUCGUGGCAGGACCAGGAGAGGUGACUGCUGCUCUCUAAAAUUGUGGGCUCACGUUUGUUCUGCACCAGAUCAGUUGCUUUAAAUCCAUAAUGUAAGUAAAACAAUUUGUGGUUUUAUUAUGAGAAUAUUUAUUAAACUAUAGCAGACACAAGUGGAGAAUCUUUUCACCAUACCAUUUAAAAAGUUUGGUGGAGGCAAAUUACAUUCUGAUUCAUGAGUGAUUGCACUCCCAUAUCAAAUCAUCGAGCAAAACUACUGGUUUUGCAUCAAAAGUGCCUUCUUGGGGGAUUUCCUCUUAAUUUAGAAAACUGGAUGGGAACUGGUGCUCAAAAAUUUUGACUAGCCAUGUUUUCCUAAAUAAUUUAGUUAGUACUUUUACAAGGUCAGAGGCAGUUAAGAAAAGCAUGGCUUGUACAUUUUAAGAAUUAUAUUUGGUAUAGUACACCCAAGAGCUUUGUUUUUGUGGUUAAGGAUUGCGUUUUGUGUAGGGUGUCAGGUAAGCUUAAUAUGCACUGAGAGCUUUGUGCCUCUGGGUUUGGGAUGAGCUUUGUCACAGACAAAGCACAGAAAUGGAUUGCCUUAACUCCUGCAGUACUAUGCUGCUGCAGGAAUACAUAUUGUUUACAGCACGGUUCAACAGUGUGAAGUCACCUCAGAAAAGAGAAUAUUAUACAUCUGCACAGUGACUUUCAGGACAAAGCGAUAUCAUAAAGGAUUUUAAAGUGAGCCUUAGAAUACUGGUGCAGAUCAGACUGCGAGCCAUAUGUAGUGUACAGGAAGAGCCUGACUGAGAUGGCCCAGCGUGCUAUACCUACACAUGAUUGCACUUUUAGGUUCCUUGCUUAUAUAUGAACGUAUUUGCCGAAGCACUUGGCUUUACAAAUUUGAUUUCUGUGAUUGUUCUACUGCACUGAUAAAUCACAUAAUGCUCACAAGAAUUAAUCAAUUUUGCAACACCAGUGUAUUUUUAACGGAGCUGGCCUUCGACAGAAAUCCCACAGCGUUGCACUGGUUGUGCGGACUGCACUCACAUUUGCUGCAAUGAGUGACUGAGAAUUAAAUAUCACUUUAACUAAAAUAAUUAUUUUGUGGUUUUGCUCUCAGCAGUUGAGACUGAGAUUUGAAACAAUUUCCAUAAUGUAAGUGAAUCAACAAAUGAAUUAUUUAAAAAUGAAUUAUUAAGAAAUCAGUUUGGAUCUGUUCAGUUAACACUUGUGAUGAUCUAUUUAGUGUUGUUUGGUUCAGCCUUGGUGUAUUUAAUCAGCUAUAUUCCAAAUCUUAUCCAGCAUAUUCCUCAAGUCCAUGAAAUGUUACCUCCUGCUUCUUUAUAGCACCCAAAUACCUUAUUGCUACAGUAUGGUGAGUUAUCGGAUAAUGUUAAUAUUGAGGACACGAAUGAGACCAAACUCAGUAUUCUUGUUAUUGUGGGUUUGCUGCUUCAUAGUUCAACUUGAUUUCCUUUAAUUACAGUCAAAUGUACUUGAAACUGUUUGAGGAAAAGAGUAAAAUCAAAUGCACUUGGUUUGAUAAGUUGCGAAAUGUGUGAAUGGAAUAUAGCAUGUGUGCUUGUCAGUUUCUGCUUUUAUCUUAAUUGUGAAUUAUUAAUUAGUAAUUUCAAGACGUGAAAAUGAGGCAUGGGUUUUUGUCUCCUUGUGUGAACUUUUCAAUGUUAUAUGAUAUUUUGUGAAUGAUAUAACAUGACAAAACACUUUACCUCAAAGUUAAAGAUGAACAACUGCCUCAUUAUUUCAGAAAGUCAUGUUGCUUUCCAAGAUGUUCUUACAUUUACAAAUGCGUGCC